AUUCGCGGGCAGACAACGUUAACAAAUCGCCCACGCUUCUGAGCUAAUGCUCUUCCAUUGCCAUUUCCUCUCACAUCGUAAACAAUGGCGGAAAAUGAGAGAGAAAAUGGCGACGGAUCUCAGAUCCGCCACAAGAAUAACAACGAUGAGGAAAUUGUGGUCGGAGACGAUGAUGAGCCUGAGGUUAAUUACAGAGGAAUCAGAGCCAUGCCUUAUAUCAUUGGGAAUGAGACGUUUGAGAAGCUUGGAGCGUUGGGAACACUUGCUAAUCUCCAGGUUUACUUAACCACCGUUUUCAACAUGUCGCGCGUUUCCGCAACCACGCUUCUUAGCAUCUUCGGCGGCACCACCAACCUCGCCACUCUCCUCGGCGCUUUCUUCUCCGACACCUACUUCGGCCGCUACAAGACCCUCGGCUUCGGCUCCGUCGCCUCCUUCCUGGGUCUGCUGGUGAUAACGAUGACGGCGGUGUUCAAGGGGCUGCACCCGCCGCACUGCGCCCCAGAAGCGGCGCAGUGCGUGGGGGCGACGCCAUGGCAGAUGACGGUGCUGCUGCUGGGGUUUGGGCUGAUGAUCGUGGGGGCGGGGGCGAUCCGGCCGUGCAACCUGGCGUUCGGGGCGGACCAGUUCAACCCGAAGACGGAGGCCGGGAAGAGGGGGAUCGACAGCUUCUUCAACUGGUACUUCUUCACGCUGACGUUCGCGCAGAUGGUGUCGGUUACGCUCGUCGUGUACGUGCAGUCGGACAUCAGCUGGUCGAUCGGGCUCGCGAUCCCCACGCUCUUCAUGCUCAUCUCUUGCUUCUUGUUCUUCCUCGGGACUAAGAUUUAUGUGAUAGUGAGGCCGGAGGGGAGUUUCCUCACCAGCUUGGCGCAGGUGGUGGCGGUCGCCGCGAAGAAGCGGCGGCUCAAGCGGCCGAAGCAGCCGUGGCUCAGCCUGUACAAGUACAUGCCGCCCAAGUCCAUGAACUCCAAGCUGCCCUAUACCGAUCAGUUCAGAUUUCUGGACAAGGCGGCGAUCAUAACAGGCGGCGACGAGAUGAACCCCGACGGCUCCGCGGCGAACCCGUGGCGCCUGUGCAGCCUGCAGCAAGUGGAGGAGAUGAAGUGCGUGCUCCGCGUGAUCCCAAUCUGGGCCGCCGCGAUCCUCUACCACGUCGGCGAGAAGCAGCAAUACAUCGUCUUCCAGGCCAUGCAGUCCGACCGCCACCUCGGCCGCCGCGACACCAAAUUCCAAAUCCCCCCCGCCACCUACAACAUCUUCUCCAUGCUCACCCUCACCCUCUUCGUCCCCCUCUACGACCGCGCCUUCGUCCCCCUCCUCCGCCGCCUCACCGGCAAGCCCGGCGGCAUCACCGUCCUCCAGCGCAUCGGCAUCGGCAUCUUCCUCACCGUCGUCGAGUCCCUCGUCGCCGCCCUCGUCGAGGACCGCCGCCGCGCCCUCGCCGCCGGCCACCGCCCCGUCGCCGGCGGCGGCCACCGCGGCGCGGUGUCGUCGAUGUCGGCCAUGUGGCUGGUGCCGCAGCUGGUGCUGGCCGGCCUGGCCGAGUCGUUCUCGGCCAUCGGGCAGGUGGAGUUUUUCUACAAGCAGUUCCCGGAGAAUAUGAGGAGCAUCGCGGGCGCAUUUUUCUUCCUGGGGUCCGCGGCCGCGAACUACGUGAAUGGGCUGCUGAUCACGGUGGUGCAUCGGAUGACGGAGGGGUCGGCGGCGGGGAACUGGCUGCCGGAGGAUUUGAAUCAGGGGAGGUUGGAUUACUAUUACUAUCUCAUUGCGGCGCUCUGUGCUUUGAAUUUUGGGUAUUUUGUGAUGUGUGCAAGAUGGUAUAAUUAUAAAGGGAGUGUGGAGAAUGGUGAGCAUGAGAUGAGUAACAAGGACAUUAUAGAUAUAGACUUGGAUUCAAGAGUUGUGUGACAAAUUAUAUUUUAGUAUUUAGGGUGGAUGAGAUUGGUAAAAUGAAAUGUUGUGAAAUUGGAACUUUGUAUCCAUAGUUUCUAAUCUCUGUGUCUACUUUUUGGUGUAUA